UGCUUUAUUGCAUAUGUAAUUAUGAGUUUCUCUUUUAGAAAGGGAGAGUAUUUAAAUGAAAUGAAAUGAAAACAUGGGAGCAAAAGACAAUGCAAGACACAGGAUAUGUGCACAAGAAAGCUUUUGUUUUCUGAAAAGUCUGUAGAAGCACUACACUGAUCUGUGAAUGUGUUCUUGACCCUAGGUGUCCUACUCCAGGCUGUGAUGGCAGUGGACACAUUACUGGCAAUUACGCAUCACAUCGGAGUCUGUCAGGCUGUCCUCUUGCUGAUAAAUCACUUCGGACCCUCAUGGCUGCCCACACAGCAGAACUAAAGUGUCCAACUCCAGGUUGUGACGGAUCAGGCCACAUCACUGGAAACUAUGCUUCACAUCGCAGUUUGUCUGGAUGCCCCCGAGCCAAGAAAAGUGGAGUCAAAUCAACCCCUACCAAGGAUGACAAAGAAGAUUCUGAGCUGCUCAGAUGUCCUGUUCCUGGCUGUGAUAGCCUGGGCCACAUCAGUGGGAAGUACGCCACUCAUCGCAGUGCUUAUGGAUGUCCACUAGCAGCACGCCGGCAGAAGGAAGGUCUUCUAAAUGGCACACCCUUCUCUUGGAAGGCCUUCAAGACCGAGGGCCCAUCUUGCCCAACACCAGGCUGUGACGGUUCUGGUCAUGCUAACGGCAGCUUCUUGACACAUCGCAGUCUGUCAGGUUGUCCCAGAGCAUCAGCCAACAAGAAAAGAGCCAAGUUCCCUGGAGAUGAGUAUAUCACUGCAAAGUUCAGAGCCAGUGAUGUGCUGGACAAUGAUGAAGAUAUCAAGCAGCUCAAUAAGGAAAUCAACGAGCUGAAUGAGUCCAACUCAGAGAUGGAGGCCGACAUGAUAAACCUGCACACUCAGAUUUCUUCUAUGGAGAAGAACCUGAAGAGCAUGGAGGAGGAGAAUAAACAGAUAGAAGAAAGGAAUGAGGCCUUGUUCCUGGAGCUAUCUGGCCUUAGUCAGGCUUUGAUCCGGAGCCUAGCCAACAUCAGCCUGCCUACCAUGCAGGAGCCACUAUCAGAGCAGAACUUUGACAGCUAUGUGGACACCCUGACCCACAUGUUUACCAACAAAGACUGCUACCAGAACCCCGAGAACCGGGCUCUGCUAGAGUCCAUCAAUCAGGCAGUAAAGGGCAUCGAGGUGUAAGAGAAACUGGAGGAUGACAGGUGGCAGGGCAUCACGGUGACGCCACCAAUCUUUUUUUCCAAACCCUUUAGAUACUCUGUAUCAUGAGUUUUUCUCAUUGGAGUUUUGUCCUCUGUUCUUUGCAUUUGUUUCCUGUUUGCAUGUUGCUUUAUAAAGGUGUGAGCGUGAACAGAUGUGUGGAUGUAAAGCGUGUCAAGGCACACUGAAAGCAAACUGUUGCCAUAAGCAACAGCACCUCAAGGUAUACACAGACAGGCACAGAGAGAACAGAACAAAGGAGUGCAGUAUCCCGCCUGAGCUGAGCAGAUUCUUAGUUAGUGAACAUUUCCCAUCUCCACUCAGUAAUGUUGAUAGUAUUCUAUAUGAGCAUAGUGAUGUUGCACUUCCAGGACUAGUUUGUAGAUUCAUUGUUACUAUUGCUGUGUAUCUAUUUAAGUCGACUGCAAAUGUUGGUUUAAUAACUUAUUUAUUCAUGUCUGCGGUAAUAUUUUUAUGUUGACUAUUUAUUAUUCAUUAUUGAUUUGAUUUGAUUUCAAAGUGCUACCUGAGAAGAUUUUAACCGGAAACUAAGAGAAGGGAGUCAUUUCCUCUGCACCGCUUAACAAAGAGGAAAUAUUUUAAGAUAUCAACUAUGAAUUGUUUUAUAUAUCUUAUUAUUUAUUUAAAACACUGGGAUCUUUUUAAGUGCAAAUAUUUUGUAACAGAAAGUUUUUUAAUAAUUUUCUAAAAAAUCUUUUGUGCUUCUGUUUAUAUGAGUUUUCUUUUUUCCACAAGCUAUUUUGAGUACAUUGCAAUACACUGGGAAAAUUGAGCUGCACAUAUUUCAGUAUUUAUCUGGUAAUGAUGAACAAAGUGAUGGUGAAUAUUUAUUUUGUACUGUCUAUGUGUUAAUGAUGGCUGUGUAUGGAUUAGUCUUUAUGUUUGCUCUUGAAAUAAAGGUCAACC